CAGAAUAAUUUCACUUAUGAAAAUGGCGGCGAGUCAGGGAGCUGUGGGACCUGCGGCGGCUCUACAGAGCCAGCAUUAUCUGAACGUCGCGCACUGGAGCCCGGGUGUGAUUCAACAUCAGCAGCAGCAGCAACACCCGUUGCACACCGCCCGCAGUCUGGAGCGCGCACUGGAAGAUGCCGUCUGCUCCGGGAUACUCAACAUCAGCGGAAGAAAACUGCGUGAAUACCCGGGUCUUAACUACGAUCUGACCGAUACUACACAAGCAGACUUGUCGAAAAACCGCUUUUGUGAACUCCCUCCUGAAGUGUGUUUGUUUGCGCCGCUGGAUUCUUUAAACCUCUAUCACAACUGCAUAAAAGUCAUUCCAGAGGCCAUUAUAAACCUACAGAUGCUCACCUACCUGAACAUCAGUCGAAAUCAGCUGUCCGUUCUCCCCAAGUUUCUCUUCAUUCUUCCUCUGAAAGUGCUUGUGGUCAGCAACAAUAAACUCCUGUCUAUUCCUGAGGAGAUCGGAAAGGCUAAAGACCUCAUGGAACUGGACAUCAGCUGUAAUGAGAUCCAGGUGCUUCCUGCUCAAAUGGGGAAACUACUCGCGCUACGAGAGCUCAACAUACGUAGAAACUGGCUACAAGUGUUACCGGAUGAAUUGUCUAAUCUGCCGUUGAUUAGGUUGGAUUUUUCUUGUAAUAAGAUCACUGAGAUUCCCAUAUCUUACCGCAAACUUAAGCAGUUACAGCACAUCGUUCUUGACAACAACCCCAUGCAAUCUCCUCCCGCCCAGAUCUGCCUGAAGGGAAAGAUCCACAUCUUUAAAUAUUUAAACUUGCAGGCAUGUCGCCUGGAUAAAAAACCAGACACACUUGACCUGCCUUCUUUGGGAAAGCGCUGCUUACCUCAGCAGCUAACAGACAGUAUGGAAGAUUUUUAUCCCAGUAAAAACCAUGGCCCUGACUCCGGUAUUGGCAGUGACAAUGGGGACAAAAGACUGUCAACUACAGAGCCAUCUGAUGAUGAUACAAUGAGUCUCCACUCUCAAGUUUCUGAGAGCGCACGGGCUGACCCACAUAUACUUCUCACAAAGCUGGACUCAAACAAAGAUCAGGAACCAUAUGACUUUAUUGACCCAAAUCCAGAUGAAGAGGCUUCUCUGUCUGAGGGAGAUCUACAGCACAAUGCACCCUAUGUUUCGUGUAUAAAGGAGUUGGAGCGGGUUCUGAAAACACACCAAAGCAAAGACAAAGAGAACUGGAAAGAAGAGUCUGGCUCAGAGAAAGAGCAGUUAGUUGAAGAGGAGGAGGAUGACUUGAAGGAAGUGUUGGAUCUGAGGAAGAUUGCAGUACAGCUGCUACAACAAGAGCAACAGAACAGGAGGCGGUCCCUAAUUUGUAGGGCAGAGAGUCUAAUUCACCGUAGAAGAGCAGCGGGGAGAGCUCACAGGUUUCUCAGCCACUCAGGGAGCAGCACCAAACAGAGAUCCCCAUCUCAGACUGUCAGAAGUGCAUCACUAGAUGAAGGAAGCAGCUCAGCCUCUGCCUUAAGUGGACAGGAGACUGAUCUCACUGAUGAAGAUGCGGCUUUCUCUGAGCCUUCUUCCUCUUGCUCGUUUGAUGGAAGUUUGAAAUCAGAAAGCAGUGACUCAGAGCCAAGAUGGCCAGAGGUUCCUCCUGUUCUCAACCAGAAUGAGGAUCGCAGAAGAAAUAAAUACCUAAGAAAAGACUACCUGAAGUACAAGUGUCAAAGUGCUCGAAGAAACUCAAGUGGCAACGACAAUGAUUGUGAGGAGGGAAUGCGGUCUAAUGAGUUCACCACAACUCUCACUGUCUUUGGCCUGAAACCAAGAUCAGCCUUCUCCCGUGGAAAUCGUCAAGACUUAAGCUCCACAGACCCAAGCUUUACCAUGAGGAGAAAGAUGGAGCACCUCAGGGAGGAGAUGGAGCAGAUCGGACUCCUCCGGCAGAACCUUGAGUCUAGAUUGAAGGUUUUGUUGCCAGAUGAUGUGGGUGCUGCGCUGAUGGAUGGUGUUGUUUUAUGCCAUCUGGCCAAUCACAUUCGUCCUCGUUCCGUGGCCAGUAUUCAUGUUCCCUCCCCUGCGGUGCCAAAGCUGAGCAUGGCCAAGUGUCGGCGGAAUGUUGAGAAUUUUUUGGAUGCUUGUAAAAAGCUAGGAGUGACACAGGACAAGUUGUGUUUGCCACAUCACAUCCUGGAGGAGCGAGGUCUGGUGAAAGUUGGUGUCACUGUACAGGCACUGCUAGAUCUUCCAUCGUCAAAGCCCAACCAACUUUCAACCAUGUAGCAUCGCUGGAUCAUGGGACGUCCACUUAGCAUCCCUUUACCCUGCCUUACCACCUCAUCCUCACUCUCAGUGUUGUUCUUUGACCUAUCAUGUGGAGGUCAUGACCCUUCACCCUAACUCAACUGUGGUGAACAGGCCGGCUUCCCCCUACCUCUUAUAAGUCUCUAUGGAGGAGACUAGACUUUUUAAAGCUCCAAUAUUGUGCCCUAUUGGAGGGUAACUGUACGUUGAAGCCACACAUUUAAUUCUGGGGGGAAAUAUCUGUUUCUAGUCCACGACUGGCUGUGCCGUCUUAAUGCUGGACACCUCCGUCUUCUUUCUUUUGUAUCUCCUUCUCAUUUCUCUCGUGGUUGCUCUUCUCUUGGACCGGUGAGCCCAACAAUGGGUGAGGACAGGAGAAAAGUAUGCAGCUUUCUGGCUGAUUCUGGAGCAGAGGGAAGGUUUUAUUUCAGUGCCACUCCAGCUCUCUCCUGUAUGAAGUCACUAAGAGCCGUCAGUCAUCUCGUUACAUUCUGUCUGUUGUUUCCUGUCUGUCUGAGGAAAUAAGUAAGGAAGAGACGUGUGUUGAAUUGCAUGUAAUCACAAACAGACCGACAAUGAGGACACCUGGAAGGACCGACAAAGAUGUUACCAUAAAGGGAUCAUGGCUGUCAUAAUUGUUACUUUACUGCAUUUAGGUGAGUCAUUUGAAGUGCAUUAGAAAGUCUUAAUUUCUUUCUGCAUGCCUGCACUGUUUUGUUUGAAACGUGAAGACACUGCUCGUGUACAUACGAGACAAAGGCUUGUUUAUGUUCUUUUACAUACUUGCAAAUCUUUGUUCUUUUUUAUGACUGGUUUUCCCACAGGGUUCAUAUUAUUGCUUCAGUUCUCGUGAACAGCCUGCGUGAGGAAUUCACAACAGAAUUCCAUUGUAAAAGAAUUUUUAGUGUUUGUUGCGGGUAUCAGCACUAAAAAUAGGCCAGUUUUAAUUAUAGCAACACCUAAUUAUAAUCAGAGUAGAAACAGUCCAUUUAUAAUUGAUACACACUUGAUUAUAUGGAUUUUAAUUUACAAUCAUCUAAAGGAUUGAUUUAAAAAAUAAUCUCUCACAGAUAAACAAAUCUGAAGAAUCUUUACCUGGAAAAUGUAAUAAAGCAUUUGAUGUCCUGCAGUUCGUCCGUAAACUAAAGAUGUUUAGACAUUUUAGUAUGUACAAAUAAUUUUUAUUUGUUUUAUCAAGGAAUUUAUUUAUUUACCUUUUAUGUACUUUUGUAUGUUUUAUUUAUUUAUUUAAAUUCUGUGUACUUCUUUAUCAACCUCUUAAAAACAUUAACUAUUGCCCAAAAAUCAGCAAUAACAUUCAAAUCGUCUUGAGGAAUUUGGAGGUUUUGGAGGUCACCAUCUUGCCAUUUCUGCGUUUACAGGCACAUCAGAAAGCCAUUUGUUGUGAGAAAGCUAAUAAGGGUCAGAUGAGAAAGAACCGUUCACAUUUACAUGCCCGGUUUCAUCACAUUACUUACGCAUGAGUAGUUUUUAUGUUACUUGAAUUGUGCUGUUUUUGUAGCCCGGGUUUCCCCAUGCUGCCUUGCCGCAGCGCGAUUGUAUUUAUUAGCCUGGACACACCAUGAACUAAAUUUUCGUCUGAGAUAGGGAACCAAUCACGGAACGAGGAGGGAGCAGCAAGACGAUGACGACGUAUAUGCAAUACACCGAAGCAGUUUGUUUAUAUCUAUGGAUCCAUCUUGGCAGCGGACGCAAAGUUACCUUUUGAUACAGCCUUUCCCAAAUCUCUGACCCAUCGUCUUCUUCCUCGUCUAAUUUUCUGUCGCUCUACACAGUCACCUGGUAUCAUAGAACCGAUUGGCUAUUAUGUGCUAUGUACAGGCGCAUUUGAUAAACAUUCGUAGCACCCAAUAAUAUGGCUCAGGGCAUUUGUAAACCGCCUCAAAUACGAGAAAAUAAACGUGGUUUCCAGAUCACGUCUCAUUCUCAAUGAUACAUGGUCUGGCGUUUGAAAAAAAAACAUAAGAAUGCUGCUUAUGCGUUUUCAUGACUGCAUAAUCCACUUUCUCAUUACGUUUAUAUGAAAGUAAGAAAAUGGCCGCUAAUACAGAGCAUGUAAACCCCAACCUUCGUGUCUUAGCCUGCUUUCUCGUAUAAACGGAUUUAUAGUGGGCAUGUACUGUCAUUGAGCAUUUCCCUUUUUUUAGCCUUGUCUGCUCACUCAUUUUCUGUAACACUUUUCCGAUCUAGAAAAAAAUGUAGGGCGGGACUUGAUUUUGUCAAUUAGGAAUUGAUUGGGGGCGUCAAAGAUGCGAAGUCGUUGCUGCAGGAGGGAGGGGAAGUGCACAUGGAUGAUGCGCACAGAUAAAUCUUUAAAAAUAAAUACUGCUGUAUUACAUUUGUCGAAUUUUAUUUCAUGGUGACUUCAAUUUUAGGCUUGUCUAUCUAUAUCGAAGGUCUAGUUUACAAUCUUUUACCAUACAUGAUUAUUUGCCAUAUUUCCUUGUGAAAACUACAGCUAUGUUUUGCCUACUAUUGCUGUCAUGUCUAAAUAACUACUUCUAGCACAUCUUGGAAGUUAGCCUACUUGUUGGUGUUUUGAAGAGUCUGAUUAUGUAUGCCUUCCAAAACCUCACAGUAUGCUCACCUGGCAGUAGGAGCAGCUGUUGGAAACUUUUCUUGGGAAACGAGUUUUGGGCGCUAAAAUUUGUAAUGAUUCACUCCCCUACCCUGGCCUAGUCCAUGUACAGUAGCAUAGCAGCUUGCUUUUGAUUCAGAUCCAAAGCAUGGUGAUGUAUUAAUGACAGCAAUUCAUCAGGGUCCUUGACACAAUCUCUGCCAAUAAUCUAAAAUGUUUUCUACAGUUCAUCUUAACAAAAUAUGUUUUUAUUACGUUUGAUUUGACUCACACCCAUUAGAUACGAUCUGUGAAUUCCAUGUUAGAUCAGUUUAAAGUGUCAGUUUUACAUUUGGUUGUUUCUAAGAGUUUCCCUUUAGCCUCAUACACAUCCAUGUACGCUGUCACUUGCGAGAUUCUAGAAACUGGUUGCCUGGUACAAGGUAUAAACUGCUUACUGCAUGCUACUUUUUUAUUAAUAUUCUAGAGUGCUCGGUAUUCUACAAUAAUGACGCAACUGUAGCAGAGAUAAUCGUUGCCAUAAGACCUUAAAUUGAAAAAUUUAACGCUGAAACGGGUUUUAUGACAGUCUUAUUGCAUUGUGGGAAACGGCUCAUUCUGAGUGCACAUUUACACUGUGGAUUGUGAGGAGGAUGACAGUAUGCUGUUUUGAUGAAAGCCAUUCUCAUGUUAUUUUUUGUCCCCUUUCACAAUCUCCAUUGUAACGAAGCUUUGAAAUAAUCUCACUCGUCGUCAGCUCUGAUCCUCAUUCAUGGUGAGAAAAUGUUCAGUUCAGUUUGUAAAAAGAAGUGUUGAUUCAAAAGAAAUAGACUGGUUGUAUACUGUAUGUAUAGAUGUUUUUGUAUGACAAAACUGGAUUGCAUGUCUGGAUCAUACCAUUGUUCUUGUACAUAAUCUCUGUUUCAACACAUUAGGAUGUUUCUUAAAAAGGAAAACACCCGAAACAUUUCAGAUGUCAAAAUACUGGAAUAAAAUAACAUUUUACAGUGUUUCAUUGCAUCCUUGACCUUUGCUUUGUGCUUCUCCUUCACUGCAGGAACAAUUCUUCAUAUAACAGGGGAGAAAAUACCGACCUCUGUAAGUGUCAGACUGUAAACAUCAAGCAAUAAAUUUGACCAUUCAUC